GCUCGCCCGGCCGUCAGAUGUUGGGAGGGGGAGGGGAAGCAUCAAGAUGGAGUUCUUCAUCGGGAACCCAUUUAGUACUCCUGUCGGACAAUGUAUAGAACGAGCUACGGAUGGAUCCUUGCAGACGGAGGACUGGACUCUAAAUAUGGAAAUCUGUGACAUUAUUAAUGAGACUGAAGAAGGACCUAAAGAUGCAAUCAAGGCUCUGAAGAAAAGGCUGAGUGGAAAUAAAAACUACCGCGAAGUGAUGCUUGCUUUAACGAUUUUAGAGACAUGUGUUAAGAACUGUGGUCAUCGUUUCCACGUCCUGGUAGCUAAUCGUGACUUCAUCGAUGGCAUUCUGGUCAAAAUUGUCUUACCCAAGAAUAACCCGCCAGCUAUCGUACAGGAUAAAGUGCUUGGACUGAUACAGGCAUGGGCUGAUGCUUUCAGAAGCAGUCCAGAUCUGACUGGUGUAGUUCAUAUUUAUGAAGAGUUAAAGAGAAAAGGAAUGGAGUUUCCAAUGGCAGACCUAGAUGCACUGUCUCCAAUACACACACCAGGAAGAUGUGUUCCUGAGGUUGAUCCUGCAAUGAACAAACCAGUACCUCAAUCCUUGCAGAAAGCCAGUUCCACAAAAAACUUCUUAUUGGCACCCAGCACCCUGACUGGCUAUUCAGUCCCUCAAAGCCUUUUAUCUAGACCUAUCACUGCAAAUGUUGAGCAGCUUGCCAGGUUACGCAGUGAGUUGGAUGUUGUCCGUGGAAAUACAAAAGUAAUGUCUGAGAUGUUGACUGAAACAGUCCCUGGGGAGGAAAAUCAAUCGGACUUGGAGCUGCUUCAGGAACUAAAUCGUACCUGCAGAGCGAUGCAACAAAGAAUCGUUGAACUUCUGUCCAAUGUAACCAAUGAAGAGAUCACCAAGGAACUUUUGCAUGUCAAUGAUGAUCUUAAUAAUGUUUUCCUUCGAUAUGAAAGAUUUGAGCGAUGCAGGACGGGAUGUGUAAGUCCAAAUACAGAAGACAGUGUCUUGAAUGAGGUUACAGAUACAGAUAAUCUAAUAGACUUGGGUCCAGGGUCCCCUGCAGUUGUCAGCCCAAUGGUUGGUAACAUGGCUGCACCUAGUCUGUCUUCACAGCUUGCUGGUCUAGAUCUGGGUACAGAUAGUGUUAGUGGAACCCUGAGUUCUUUGCCCAGUUGCCAUCUGGACACUCAUGACUCUGCUAACUUUGAUAUGUUUCCACAAACCAGAAGCUGUUCCCUGGCUGAUCAGCACCAAAAUGUAAUGUACACAGAUUCACAGUCAGCUGGAGGAUUGGCAACUACUCUUGAAGAUCAGGAAAAUAAUGCAACAGAGGUAAACCUUUUGGCUUGUUUCCACUCCAGAGGAACAGCUUUUUGACAGCAACUCUUCCAUGAAGAACACUUCUGAUAAGGCUUCUCCAGACUGUAGAGGGGUGUACUUGGGUUCCAUUUGUUCCUAUGAGUUCAGAACUGAUAGCGGUGUGGGACGACUUCUGAUUUAGAAGGGAUGUCAGUUUGAUGUAUCUCUCAUCAGCUGCACUCAGUUUCUGUGGCCGACCACUGUGUUUCUGGUCUUCAAUCUUGCCUGUUACUUUGUGAUUCUUCAGAAGAGCUUGGACAGCACAUUUUGAACUCCUGUCUGUAGCAAAAUUUCUUCUUGGGAGAGAUCUUGCUGAUGCAGGAUGACCUCUUUGUGUCUUGUUGCUGUGCUUACUCUUGCCGUGUUGUCAGAAUUGAUGAUUUGAAGGUUAAACAGUCACAUCUGCCACACACUCACCUUUUAGUUGGUUGUCCUUCACUCAGUUUGAUUCCUUAUACACCCAUUUCUGUUCCAGUUUGAUUCCUUGUACAGGUAUGCGUCACUUAAUGUCCAUGAUAUGUUCUGUGAAAUUGGACAUUAUAUGAUUUGGACAUUGUGCGAACACCAUAUUAUAUACUUAGAAAACCUAUAUGGAGUACUGUAGUGUACCUGUAUUGACUAAAUAGCCAAGAACUUACACUAAAACUGUGUACUGUACACUAUAAUACAUACAUACACUAUAAUUUUUAUUUCAUUUUAACCUUUUGAAUUUUUUUCACCUUUUAAACUUUUAUGUAAAUACUUUCUGAGCCUAUAUCACACACAAUUUAUCAGAGAUGAUCAGGAUCAUCCACAUCACUGUUCUCAACUUCCUCAUAGUGUUCCACUGGAAGAGUUUCAGGUCGAAUAACCUGCGUUUGGAAGCCAUGAUGCACUUUACGGUAAUAUUUUCGAAAGAAAAUUAAAACAGAGAGAUAACGCUACUACACUGAAGAGACGCGUGAUACACGAGAUUGGUUACAUCCGCUACGUCACGUUCUCCGAUUGAGACUACGGACGGAUAUGCGAUCAGACGUUGUCCAAAUGGACGUUAAGCGGCGCACACCUGUACACCAUUUCUGUUUCAGUUAAUCAGUUUAGUUCAUUCAACUCAUUGUCAUUGAUGAUUAGCACCUGUUUGUUAUUUCUGUUUAAUCAUUCACUGGGCAAGAUACCUACAAAGUAAUUUAGCUUUUAUUUGAAAAGUGGUCUGUUACUUAUGAAGCCACACUCAGGUUGGAGGAACAACACCUUAUAUUCCGUCUGGGUAACCUCCAACCUGAUGGCAUGAACAUCGACUUCUCUAACUUCCGCUAAGGCCCCACCUCCCCCUCGUACCCCAUCUGUUACUCAUUUUUAUGCACACAUUCUUUCUCUCACUCUCCUUUUACUCCCUCUGUCCCUCUGAAUAUACCUCUUGCCCAUCCUCUGGGUCCCCCCCCCCCCCCGUCUUUCUUCCGGGACCUCUUGUCCCAUGAUCCUCUCGUAUCCCUUUUGCCUAUCACCUGUCCAGCUCUUGGCUCCAUCCCUCCCCCUCCUGUCUUCUCCUAUCAUUUUGGAUCUCCCCCUCCCCCUCCAACUUUCAAAUCCCUUACUCACUCUUCCUUCAGUUAGUCCUGACGAAGGGUCUCAGCCUGAAACGUCGACUGUACCUCUUCCUAGAGAUGCUGCCUGGCCUGCUGCGUUCACCAGCAACUUUGAUGUGUGUUGCUUGAAUUUCCAGCAUCUGCAGAUUUCCUGUUGUUUGCUGUUACUUAAUAUGUUACCUUAUUUAAUGAAGUACAGAAAUUAUCUGCAACAUUUGAUUUUUUGGAAAAUGAAUGUUUGGAAAUCUUAAAUUUGAUCUUUACUAAUCCAGAACACAAAAACAUAUCUGAAACAGCUUUUACAUAAAAAAAUCUAGGGUGCCCAAGACUUUUGCACAGUACUGUACUUUUCAGCAUAGCUAUUGUGUAAGUAGAUUUGAACUUCUUAAAUAGAGUUCAAGCAAAAUACCUAAUUCUGUGGCACAAAGAGAGGAUAGUCUGCUCAGUGGGCCCAUACUAAAUGCCAACAGAGCUAUCCCGUCAGUCUCAAUCACCUUCCGCUUCCCCUUCCACAACUUAUCUUCCCUUGCAUGCUGUUGCUGCAUGAAUGAAGUCACCGGAGCAAAGUACUGGCAGCUCUGAAGCAACCUCUUUAUUCAACAAAGCAAGGCAUUUCUGGUGUAAAGGUCCCAGGGGCCCAGUGUGGGGCCCAAUAUUUUAUGUGUUAAACAUCAAAUGAUAAUUCCAUAUCUACAAUGCUUUGUUUGAAACUACACACAAGCUUCACACCAUCUGAUUCGCACCCACACCACAGACAUCUAAAUUAUUUUUUAUCAACUGUCUGGUGUGUGAUUCAUGGCUUUUAGGAACCUAUUGUUCAUUUUAAAUGUACAAUUUACAUUCAGAUUUGAAGAUUGGUGGCUGAGAAGUCAAUUGCUAAAUGUAAAUAUGCUAAACCCAAAAAUCACUCUUAACAUAUGCCAUCAACCACAAGUCAUUGCCCUUUGAUUCUUUUGUUACAUCAAAAUAUUAAGGGAUAGUUAACUGAUAGCCAGUUAAUCAACAAUUAAUCUUUGGGAUUUUGCUGAGAACUGGAGCAUGAAACAUAACCCACAAACCACAGGGAGAACUUGCAAAAUUUACACAGAAUUCUUUAUGCUUGUUUCAGAAUAAUUAUGGUAUUUGAGGAUUGAUAACAAUUUACUGUGUUUGUAGAUUCCUGUUCCUGCUAAAACAUUGCAAAUGUUUGGUUGCAUUUGUGUUUUUUGUAUUUCAGCAAAUAACUGCUGCUGUGCCUGUGGUUGUCUGUGUAGUUAUAAUUAUCCAGUUAUAAUGCCCUGGUUAAGAUUCUUACUGCAAUGCUGUGAGGUAUUUUAUUUUAGCAGUUUUCUGUCAAAGCAGUAUGUCCUGCUGGUAAAAGUGUUUUGGCUUCAGCUAAAGACAAGGAGCCAUGUUGUCCAAUUUAGGAAUGUUGUGUCAGCCAAUUGUAACUUUCUGCCCAGUGGAAGAUUUGGGAAAGUAGGAGGGAUCAGAUUUCUGAAAGACAAUAGUCUGGUUUGGGGUCUUCUGGCGGGAGCUGUGGAGCGGAACAUAAAGGAAGAUGCCACAGAGUACCGUUGGAAGGAGAGUCUCCAUUGCAAGAAGUGCUUUGUGUAGAUGAAUAGCUCCAAGGAUGAUGGGCCAAUACUCCUGAAAGAGCCAAUUUGUUUGAGAAGGUCUUCGAGGGAAGUUCAGCAUGUGGUGUGUGCUUUCACGCAGCCCAUGAGUCCAGCACAAGUAAAGCGAUACACCCCCAACUACUCCAGAAAUGAGCCCCAAUGUUUAUGUGCACAUUGGACUGGUUUAACUGUUAUCGGUCCUUUUUAUUUUCCUUUACUUUUUCUGUAACUGUUUCUUAAAGUUGAAAAUUUGUUAAAUAUACAUGCUUUAUAAUUUUAUGCUGGUGUACGAGCUGUCAUUUCUGGGAUACUGAUAACUAUGUAUGGGUACACAGCAUUCACUACAACCUACGUUCCUUAAUUGGAUCAUCCUAACUUUCCUGUUUGGUUGAACCCCAAAUCAUAACGACCCUAGACAUGUAUUGUUUAUGAAAGGUGACCUUCUCACCGCUGAGUCAUGUCUGAGGUUGGCUGCUGUGUGAAUGCUGUUUAAGGAUUGAUUAAGCAGUUAAUUUAUUUGUUUAAGCCAGUGUUUAAACUCAUGUUUGUGGAAAAUGAGGUUCAUUGUAAUUUAGGGUACUUUAUUAUGGAUGCUGUGGGCAUUAAGCUUUGGUGCAAUUCGAAGAGGAUAUCCAUAAGUAAUACUUACGUUCCAAGCGGAGUGGAUGUCCAAAUUCCUGAUAAAGUGCUACUUUGAGCGCUGAGUUCUGUGAAAGUGUUGGGAAAAGUUACACUGAUUGAAUGGCAUUUUGACCAGUCAGCUGGUAUGGAUGUCAUGUUAGUCCAGGCUACCAGUAAUGUAACUGAAGUCACGCUGCCCAAUAGGAUAAAGGCACCUGGAGAGCUGGGGCCAUGACCAGUUUAUAUCUCUAGAGAAUGGGGGGAAUGUAGCUGAGGGUGAAGGCUUUAAAGACAAGUUGUUCUCGUUUCUGUGAAGUGAGGGAAAGGAGUAGUCAUAUGUGAAAGGUCUAAUAGGUCCUUCAGUGGUUGAUUUAUGUAGAUUCUGAGCUGGUUUUGGCGACUACAUCUCUGGUUGAUAAUUGCCAAAGUGUACCUGCAGAGAGCCAAAGUUAUCAUAGGCUGGGAGUGUUCUCUGGAGUCAAGCGCACACCCGAUGGGGAAGAAGAAUAUGAGGCUUGGGCUGAGCAGACAUCUCAGUUACUGGAUACCAGAUAAUAUGAAAAAACAGAGACUGGUGAACAGCUGAAAGGGUCCAGCAGCUGAUGUAGUGAGGUUCCUAAAGGCGGAAAACCCAUUAGCCACAUUAGCUAAUUACUUGCAAACCCUGGAAGUUGCUUUUGGCACUACUGAAAAUUCAGCUGAUCUUAUGGUGAAAUUUAGGCGCAUAUUCCAGGAGAAAGGAGAGGAGCUGCUUGCCUACCUUUUCAAGUUGGAGAAACUGCUGCAUUGUUUGUGCCACCCAGGGGUCAUUCAGCUGUCUGAGAAAAAUUGCUUGAGGAUGGAGCAAGUUGUGAAGGGCAUGCUGUCACAUGACGUGAUUGCUUUACGUAUUCAAAUGACCCACAAGAUGCGCUCUCUUUUAUCGAGUUACUCAGAGAAGUUAGAGAGGAGGAAAACAUGAAUGAGAAGUGGAACAUUUCCAAAAGUGGAGUAGUGUCUUCAGUGAUAGCCUCUGCUGCUAAAGUAACCACUGAUGCCACAGAGAUGGAGCUUUUGAGGACUGAGGUGAAAAGCCUUCAAGCUGAGCUGACUUGAUGGAUAUCUGCUGUUUCAGCUGAAUGCAAUAUAUCCGUUGGGAACCCUGACCCGCUUGUAGGACUUACGAUGUAAAGGAAUGCUGCGAAAAAUGUCUCUUGACUAGAGAGGCAACUGGAAUUUUCUUUUACAACUGUAGAUAAGAUGGAUAUUUCAGUUUUCAGUUUAAAACUGUGCUCUCUCGUGUUAGCCAUUUCAGCCCUGGGAAAAAGCCUCUGACUAUCCACACAAUCAAUGCCUCUCAUCAUCUUAUACACCUCUAUCAGGUCACCUCUCAUCCUCCGUCGCUCCAAGGAGAAAGGGCCAAGUUCACUCAACCUAUUCUCAAAGGGCAUGCUCCCCAAUCCAGGCAACGUCCUUGUAAAUCUCCUCUGCAGCCUUUCUAUAGUUUCCACAUCCUUCCUGUAGUGAGGUGACCAGAACUGAGCACAGUACUCCAAGUGGGGUCUGACCAAGGUCCUAUACAGCUGUAUCAUUACCUCUCGGCUCAUGAACUCAAUCCCACGGUUGAUGAAGGCCAAUGUACUGUAUGCCUUCUUAACCACACAGUCAACCUGCACAGCAGCUUUGAGUGUCCUAUGGACAUGGAUCCCAAGAUCCCUCUUAUCCUCUACACUGCUAAGAGUCUUACUAUUAAUACUAAAUCCUGCCAUCAUAUUUGACCUACCAAAAUGAACCACCUCACACUUAUCUGGAUUGAACUCCAUCUGUCUCUUCUCAGCCCAGUUUUGCAUCCUAUCAAUGUCCCACUGUGACCUCUGACAGCCCUCCACACUAUCCACAACACCCCAAACCUUUGUGUCAUCAGCAAAUUUACUAACCCAUCCCUCCACUUCCUAAUCCAGGUCAUUUAUAAAAAUUACAAAUAGCAGGGAUCCCAGACAGAUUCCUAACGGCACACCACUGGUCACCAACUUCCAUACAGAAUAUGACCUGUCUCCAACCACUCUUUGCCUUCUGUGGGCAAGCCAAUUCUGGAUCCACAAAGCAAUGUCCCCUUGGAUCCCAUGCCUCCUUUACUUUCUCAAUAAGCCUUGCAUGGGGUACCUUGUCAAAUGCCUUGCUAAAAUCCAUAUACACUACAUCUACUGCUCUACCUUCAUCAAUGUGUUUAGUUCACAUCCUCAAAAAAUUCAGUCACGCUCAUAAGGCACAACCUGUCCUUGACAAAGCUAUGCCGACUAUUCCUAACCAUAUUAUGCCUCUCCAAAUGUUCAUAAAUCCUGCCUCUCAAGAUCUUCUCCAUCAACUUGCCAACCACUGAAGUAAGACUCACUGGUCUAUAAUUUCCUGGGCUAUCUCUACUCAGUUUCUUGAAUAAGGGAACAACAUGUGCAACCCUCCAAUCCUCCGGAACCUCUCCUGGCCCCAUUAAUGACGCAAAGAUUGUUGCCAGAGUCUCAACAAUCUCCUCCCAUGCCUCCCACAGUAGCCUAGGGUAUAUCUCAUUCGGUCCCAAUGACUUAUCCAGCUUGAUGCUUUCCAAAAGCUCCAGCUCAUCCUCUUUCUUAAUGUCUAUAUAUUCAAGCUUUUCAGUCCGCUGUAAGUGAUCCCUACAAUCGCAGUGAUCCUUUUCUGUAGUGAAUACUGAAGCAAAGUAUUCAUUAAGUACUUCUGCUGCAGGUAUCUCCUCUGGUUCCAUACACACUUUUCACUGUCACACUUAAUUGGUCCUAUUCUCUCACAUCUUAUCCUCUUGCUCUUCACAUACUUGUAGAAUGCCUUGGGGUUUUCCUUAAUCCUGCUCGCCAAGGCCUUCUCAUGGCCCCUUUCUGGCUCUCCUAAUUUCAUUCUUAAGCUCCUUCCUGCUAGCCUUAUAAUUUUCUAGCUCUCGAUCAUUACUUAGUUUUUUGAACCUUUCGUAAGCUCUUCUUUUCUCGUUGACUAGAUUUUCAAUAGCCUUUGUACACUAUGGUUCCUGUACCCUACCAUACUUCCCCUGUGUCAUUGGAACAUACCUAUGCAGAACAUCACGCCAAUACCCCCUGAACAUUUGCCACAUUUCUGCGAUACAUUUCCCUUAGAACAUCUGUUCCCAAUUUAUGCUUCCAAGUUCCUGCCUGAUAGCUUCAUAUUUCCCCUUACUCCAAUUAAACACUUUCCUAACUUGUCUGUUCCUAUCCCUCUCCAGUUCUAUGGUAAAGAUAGAAGUGUGAUCAUUAUCUCCAAAAUGCUCUCCCACUGAGAAACUUGACACCUGACCAGGUUCAUUUCCCAAUACCAGAUCAAGUACAGCCUCUCCUCUUGUAGGCUUAUCUAUAUAUUGUGUCAGGAAUCCUUCCUGAGCACACCUAACAAACCCCACCCCAUCUAAACUCCUUGCUCGCGGAAGAUGCCAAUCAAUAUUUGGGAAAUUGAAAUUUCCCACCACAACAACCCUGUUAUAAUUGCACCUUUCUAGAAUCUGUCUCCCUAUUUGCUCCUCGAUGUCCCGGUUACUAUUGGGUGGUCUAUAAAAAACAAAACUUCCACCCACAGAGACUCAGUAGACAAUCUCUCCAUGACUUCCUCCUUUUCUGCAGCCGUGACACUAUCUCUGACCAACAGUGCCACGCCCCCAGCUCUUUUGCCUCCCUCCCUGUCCUUUCUGAAACAUCUAAAGCCUGGCACUCUAAGUAGCCAUUCCUGCCCCAUGAGGCAUUCAAGUCUCUGUAGUGGCCACAACAUCGUAGCUCCAGGUACUGAUCCACGCUUAAGUUCAUCUGCUUUGUUCAUGAUUUUCAUUGCAUUAAAAUAGACACAUCUCAAACCAUCAGUCUGAGCUUAUCCAUUCUCUAUCACCUGCCUAUCGUCCCUCUCACACUGUCUACAAGCUUUCUCGAUUUGUGAGCCAACCGCCCCUUCCUCCAUCCCUUCAGUUCGGUACCCACCACCCCGCGCCCCCCCCCAAGCAAUUCUAGUUUAAACUCUCCCUAACAGCCUUUGCAAACCUCUCUGCUAGGAUAUUGGUCCCCCCUCGGAUUCAAGUGCAGCCCAUCCUUGUACAGGUCACGCCUGUCCCAAAAGAGGUCUCAGUGAUCCAGAAAUCUGGAUCCCUGCCCCCCGCUCCAAUCCCUCCUUUAUCCUCCACCUCACCCUAUCCCUAUAUUCACUGUCACAAUAAUCCCGAGAUUACUACCUUUGAGGUCCUGCUUCUCAACUUCGUAACUCCCUGUUGUCUGUUUUCAGGACCUCGUCCCUUUUCCUACCUAUGUCGUUGGUACCAAUAUGUACCAUGACCUCUGGCUGUUCACCUUCCCACUUCAGGAUAUCAUGGACGUGAUCAGAAACAUCCUGGACCCUAGCACCUGAGAGGCAAACUGCUAUCCAUGUUUCUUUCCUGCGUCUACAGAGUUGUCUGUCUGACCCCUUAACUAUAGAGACCCUUAUCACUGCUGCUGUCCUCUUCCUUUCCCUACCCUUCUGAGCCACAGGGCCAGACUCUUUACCAGAGGCACGGUCACUGUUGCUUCCCCCAGGUAGGUCAUUCCCCCACCCCCCCAACAGUACUCAAACUACUUAUUGUUAAGGGGGACAGCCACUGGGGUACUUUCUAAUAUCUGAUUCUUGCCCUUCCCUCUUCUGACUGUUAUCCACUUAUCUGUAUCCUGAGGCUCGGUGUGACUACUUGCCUAUAGCUCCUUUCUAUCAGCUCCUCACUUUCCCUGACCAGAUGAAGGUCAUCGAGCAGCAUCUUCAGUUCCCUAACCCAGUCCCUAAGGAGCUGGAGCUUGAUACACUUGGCGCAGAUGUGGCCCUCCAGGAGACUGGGAGUCUCCUGGACAUCCCACAUCCAACACCCUUGUACAGAACACCAGCCUCACAGAGAUACUUACUAUUUCUAUUCUUCACACGUAACUUAGCUCACCUCGACCUUUUAUUGCUGAAGCCCCAUUGAGCCAAAGUCCUCCUACUCUGACUCCCUCUAUUACAUCAUCCACUCCUCUGAAGCCUGCUCUGUAAAGCUGUCUUCUUUUUAAACUCUUCCCGAUGGUCUAACUCACCGAUGUCCACACGCCUGCAUAGUCGUUCCUCGAUCAAGGGCUCUCGUCAGUGAGGUAGGAUGUCCUAUUACCACCUUAAUUAGACUUAGCUUAGUUGUCUUGUUUGGUUUGCUCUGAUACAACGCAAGGCUAUAGGAAGAGCUAUAGGUCAUUGUAUGCCUUCCUCAUGAUACUUAGUUUGUCAUUGUUUAAUGAUUCCAUUCAUUUGUUCAACUUGUCCUGAUGUUCUGGGUGAUGAGGACAAUGAAAAGACCAUUCAAUGUUUAUCAGUCAGCAUAGUUCCUGACAGACACUCCAGAGAAAUAUUUUCCUUGGUCAGAGUCGAUGUGACAUAGCAGUCCCCAUCUAGGAGUGUAGUCCUUGAUCAGAGCAUUUGCUGUAUUUGUCACAGUGGUUUUCCUUACUGGGAUAACUUCCACCUGUCUUGAAAACUUGUCUACUGUUACCAAUAUGUCUGUUUUUCCUUGACCCUUCAGCAAAGUAAUGUAGUCCACUUGCAAGUGUAAACAUAGACCAGGUGGGGCAGGAGCACUUAAUUGUAGCAGCUUUUCUGCUUCUCCAGGAUGCAUUUUCAAGCAAAAGGGAGGGCAUACAACAAAGCAAAAAUCAGUGGGAAGACAGAAGAUUGGGAAGCUUUUUGCAACCUACAGAGAGCAACUAAAAGAAUCAAAGAUGAAAUAUGAAAGCAAGCUAGCAAACAAUGUCAAAAUGGAUAAUAAAAACUUUUUCAAGUAUGUAAAAAAAUAAGAGAUAUGAGAGUGGAUAUAGGACCGCUAGAAAAUGUGUCUGGAAAAAAUAAUGUGUCUGACAAGGAGAUGGCAAAUGAACUAAUUGAUUAUUUUGCAUCAGUAUUCACUGUGGAAGACACUAGCAGUGUACCAAAUGUUGAAGGCUUUGAGGGAAGAGAAGUGAGUGCAGUUCUAUUACAAGGGAGAAGAUGCUCAAAACCUGAAAGACCUAAAGGUGCAUAAGUCACCCGGACCAGAUGAACUGCACUGUAGGGUUCUGGAAGAGGUAGUGGUAGAGAUUGUGGAGGCCAUAAAGACCAUUUGAAAUAGGAGCAUUAGUAAUGAUCUUUCAAAAAAUCAUUGGACUCUAGCAUGGUGCCUGUGGACUGGAAAAUUGCAAAUGUCACUCCACUCUUUAAGAAAGGAGGAAGGCAGCAGAAAGGAAAUUAUAGACCCGUUAGCCUGACCCUGAUGGUUGGGAGGAUAGAGGGAUGUCCAUUUAAAACAGAGAUGUGGAGAAAUUUAUUUAGCCAGAGGGUGGUGAAUUUGUGGAAUUUAUUACCACAGGAAGCUGUGGAGGCCAGGUCAUUGGAUGUAUUUAAGGCAGAGCUUGAUAGAUUUUUGAUUAGACACUGCAACUAAGGUUAGAGGGAGAAGACCAGGGAGUGGGGCUGCUAAGGGGAAAGGAGGAUCAGCCAUGACUGAAUGGCAGAGUAGACUUGAUGGGCCAGAUGGCCUAAUUCUGUUCCUAUGUCUUAUGGUUUUACGCAUCUUUCAAAUGUUGGUCAAGCUUGUGCCCUGAACUUUGGAUUCCAUCACCAUUGGGAGAAUCUAUCAAUAAUCUCUUGCUCUCUGGUGUCCCAUGGAGUAUAUUUGCUGUGCCAGAUAAGGAAGCAACAUAGUUGGGGCUACAAGUCUAUAUGGAUUCGAUACUCCAUCACUAUUUAACUUACCAUCAUUCUCCAUCUAGAACCACUUUUCCCAUCUGAGGCAUUGAAUUUGCAUCUCUCAGACAUCUUUUGUGUUUGUCUGUGAUACAGAGUUCAACUUCGUUUCCAUAAUUUCAGACAUCAGGCUCACUGCAUAUGUUCUUGGUACUUCUUUUAUUUCAUUUAUUCUUUCCCAUGCUGCCUUUUUUGCAAUUCCAACUGAGAAUGCAUUUCCAGUGUAGUCAUUUUGGAGUAACUUUUACAUUUUAAUAUGAUGACAACUACUGACUGUUGUUGUAUGACAUCAAUAAGUUGGCCAUUCUUGAUUGGAGUUCCUACAGCUGUAAGAAAUCCUCUUUGUCUCUGUAAGUUUCCAAACUCAUGAACAAUUCCAAAAGCAUGUUGCAAAUCAAUGUAGAUGCUGUUCGUCCAGCUGCCAACUUACAGGCUUCAGUCAAAGCUUUCAGUUCUGCCUAUGGCACAGAGGUACCAGAAGCCAUGCUUCCUGAUGCAGGCAUUUCAUUUCCAGAAACAAUCAUUCAAACUACCCCCUCAAUCGUUGAGGAGCCAUCAGUGUAUAAAAUCAGAACUUUGGUAGAGUUAACCAACAGGAUGCUGACAAUCUCCAUGUACUUGAAUUAAGACUGCUAUCAUGUGUUUGUCAUUGACAUACAGGGUAAAUGAUUAACCUGUGUCAGGGAUUCUUAAUGCAGGUGCAGUACACAAUGUCACCUCUAAAGUUUGAAAUGUUUUCAGUUGUUCUUCAUUAAGAAUCACAGGGUUGUCUAAGCAAUUGCUGCCCUUCAGCAGAUUGUUGAGUGGUUGAGCAAUUGUUAAUGAAUCUGCCACUAGCUUGUCAGUAUAUUGAUUAACAAUGGUUUUAUAUUCAGUCCUGUGUGUCUUCAGUGUCUUGGUCUUUAUUGGAUCAAUCUGCAUCAAGCUGUCAAUCUUAUUGUUUCAUCACUGUUAUCUUCACUUGAGUCGCCAGUGGCCACUGUACAAUCCUUCUCAUAUCCAUCCUGUAAUUCUUCGACAUUCAGAUGGUGCUGCUGUUCCUGGAGUCUGACUGUGUAGGCUGUAAUUCUCCUGAGUUUGGAUGGUGGCACUGUGUAGGGAGAUUGUUCAAUGUGAGCUGUAGUUCCUUGGGUAGAGUACCAGGAGUAACAUGAUCUAGCAGCGUCACUGGAAGCAUCACUAGCAGGACUGCCCAUCUGAAGUCACAGCUGCACUUUCUUACAUUGCUUCAGUUUACCUUCAAACUCCUUACAAUGCAUAUUGAUUGAAUUACCAUGUUGUUCUUCCACACUUAACAUUAAUGCAAAGAUUUGCUCUUUAGACUUUUUGCUGUCUCAUGCUUAUUUUUGUAGUUUAUCGCAGAUUUCACAUUUCUUUUGAUUAUUAAAAGACUUUACUCAUCCAGUUAACUCCUUCAAUUGUUCACAUAUUCGAUUAAACUGACCAUACAGUCUUACCUCUGAGUCAGUAGCAUCUAUUUUCUGAUUCCUAUCCCAUACUUUCACAAUAUCAUUUUGGAGCCACAUGUCAUUACAUUGAAUAUUGAUGGUAUACUUAGUCCAGACUUCCUCAAUAAUCUUAUCAAACUUAAAUGUUUCAUUUAGGUAAGAGUUUUUAGUAGGUUUCAUGACUUUGAUCAUUGUUUAAAUUCAGUCUUAAUUCAUACGUACUUUUUAUUACUGUGAUCUUGAAAUUUUAAUAAUUUGCAGCUGAAAUUUUAACAGGUUGUGCUGCAACCCAAAUUUAAUUCCUUUUCCCCAUAUGCUCUGUUAGUUUUCAUGUAUUUAAGUUUCUUCAAAUACUCCACUGGGUUGCAUGCAUUUAAUUAUUUUUAUCCAUCCUCCACUGCUUGUGCAAAUUUAAUUUUUGAUGCUCUACCAGUUUG